GAGCGAAGCGGGGAGUGAGUGGUCGGCAGAAGGUAGAGGCUAGGAGCCGCGUUGGUAAAGCGUGGUGCGCGGUGGAGUGUACGGUCAUAAACAGUUUGGAUACUUUUUGACGAAAAAAGGCGCCACUUUUUAGCCGCGUGUGCCGCGUCAGGGAGAUGGAGUUGUCAGCGAUUGGAGAGCAAGUGUUCGCUGUGGAGUCGAUCCUCAAGAAAAGAGUAAAGAAGGGCAAUGUGGAGUAUCUUCUGAAAUGGAAAGGAUGGCCUCCAAAGUACUCCACAUGGGAACCAGAACAGCACAUUCUGGACCAACGCCUACUGCAGGCGUUCCAAGAGAAAGAGCAGAGGGAUCGAGUUGUGGGACACAAGAGGAAAGGGUCAAAGGUGAAGAGACUGCUACUCGAGAACACCAUCUACACGAUGGACCUCCGGAGCGCCCACAAGGCCCCAGAGAAGCCUCAGUCUCGCCUGCGUCUCUCCCUGACCGGCUCCCUGGAUCCCGGGGCGGAGGACCAGGAGUACGACCCCUGCAGACGGAUGCUUCGCCCGCGGCUGGCCCAUCAGACGAGUGAUCCGCAGAGAUCACAGAGGUCAAGCUCUCUGACCCCUAGCAGCGAGGUCUGGGGGGAUGGAGAUGACGAAGAGGAGGAGGAGGAGGAAGAUGAGGAGGAGGAGGAAGAUGAAAGGCAAGUAGAGGAAGACAUUGAGUUAGAGGAGGAGAAAAAUAAGAUCCACAGAAAGACGAUGGCCGAGAAGAACGGAAACCUUUUGAAGGAGAAGCAGGUCAACAGCGGGUCCAAGAAGUCUUCUGAUUGGACGCCGGGUCAGGUGUUGUGCGGCCCGGGGGAGGUGACCGUCACCGACGUCACCAUCAACUCCCUGACGGUCACGUUCCGAGAGGCCCUGGUGGCCAAGGGCUUCUUCAGGGCCUGGGGCCUGGAGUUCUGAACCCUCCGCGGAAGGAGUUGCUGGGAUGGGUGGGCGUGGGGCUGGCAGAGGCAAACCACUUUUAUCCGUUCAUUCCGGCUCUCCGAUUUCUCUCUCCCUCCUGCUCCUCAUCCCCCUUGUAGGAUUCCUGGGUAGUGGCCCCCUCCUGUCUCUUACCCUCUGGCCGUUCUGUUCACCCGAUACCGUAUUGUAGGUUACGUAGACGCUAACUAGUAAUCCGGGAGUAGCAUCCGUCCGUGCACUCGCGUGCGUCCUCACACACAAGUUAAACUAAUAUCCAUGAGUGGUUCACACGUAUCACCUGUGGUGUUCUCGUAUGAGUUUCAGAUUCCUUUGGAUGAUGGUGCAGCCGUCGCAAUGCAUGCCUGCCCCCUAGUCCGCCGUAUCAAUGUACUGAUAUACAAUAGUCCGUGUUUACCCUGUAUCCCUAGGCCAACUUUGAAAACCCUACGACGGCGGCGUUUGAUGUCUCGUGUUACGAAUAUAAUCCAGAACACCGCGAGGAAAGGCAAGCCAAACUAUACCUUGAGAGGCUUAGGUACUUGCACUGAAUUCAUACACGCACCCGUGAAGCCCUUUCACACAGAUGGACUUUUUUCUGUUCAGUGUUUUCCAAUACAAUCGUGUGCUUCAAAAGGACUUUGACCAAGUUUCACACAAACAUAGGCCAUCGCACUAAACCUGAGAGCUUCCCUUCUCUUCCCUGUCCAUCUGGCCCAAGAUGGGAGGACUUGCUGUGGUGGUGUUGAUGGGAGCUGAUUCUGUGAUGGGCACCAUGGUGGAAUUUCCCUUGGGGCUCUGCGAUUGGCAUGGUGGCCGGUUGUUUAUAUAUCUGGCUCCAAGGGCGAUGGCUCAGAAGGCGGUGAGCCAAACCCUCGAUGACUAGGAAACCACAAGAAAUGUCCUCACACCUCUUCAUCAUGGCCUUUGUAUGUCUGUGGAGCAGAUUUAGGGCUACACCCCCGCACAACACACUGAACAUACAGACACACACGCACACACACACAAAGAGAUCUAGAUGCAAACCCCAAAACUGACUGCAGUAGGGGUCAAGGAAGAUCCUCCCAAAAUAAGCUACCUGUUCCUUAAAAGUGUAAUGUUUAAGAAUAACAUUUUAAAACAGUCAACAAUUAAUUACAUGAUCACCAGAAUGUAAAGAAUUUGCAGUUCUGACCUUAUGUCGGAGACAUCUAUUGUGUAAGAGAAAUGUACUUAAGUUGGCAGCUAGUACCGGAUGUAUCGUAUGGUAGUACCAUUUUGUACCUGAUGAAGAAAAACUUAUUUUCAGGACACUAGUUACUGUAGUGUCCAGUCUGCCCUCAGUCCAACAUGAGCGGAUGAAGAAGUAGUGCCACCCAUAGUGCGUAUUCUUACCUUAUCAUAUUAUCAUCGUAUUUAGUUACUUGUUUUUUUUUUAGAUAACAGAGCACCAAAAUGCACUAUUGAUUCUGCGCAUUGGUGCAAUUCCUUGUUUCUUCCAAUAGGAGUGGCCACCACAACUUUCUGGCAAUAUGCUGCCCCACAUUGUGUGGAGGACCAGUUUGACUAAUAGCUAAUCUUACACGUUACGCCUUUAAAGGAUAACUUCUCGAUUUUUUUCUGUAACUAAUGCAAACUAUUUCUGAAACAAGUGGAGAGCUCUUCAGAGACCUCCUUGAGCGAGACUUAGUAAGUAAGGUAAGACACAGUAACAAACAGACUGGAUCAGUAGAAAGAUACAUGAAAGGUACAGAAAAUAGUUAGGGAUCCUUUCCAUAUUGCCCCUGCUAUGUUUGGUCCGCAUUAGUAACUUAGACCCUAAACGAUGUGACAAUAGGGUCCAAGUUGAAAAA